AUGGCAUGGCGACGAGGGGCACCUGAAUCUGGCAUGGCACUGCUGGUGUUGGUAACAAUAAUGGUGGGAAGAGGAAUCGGCACACAGCAGCAUUAUGGAUAUAAUUCUUGUGAUUAUGAAGAAAUACCCAACAGAGGUUCUCAUUUGUCCCGGGCUCGUCAUGUAUGCGGGCGACCGACUGCCCUGAAUAGGAAUGUUGGGGGUGAGGAUUCUGUAGAAGGUGAGUGGCCAUGGCAGGCUAGUGUGAGGAAGAUGGACAAGCAUAUAUGUGGAGGGGCCCUCAUCACCCAUGAGUGGGUUGUGACAGCAGCACAUUGUUUCCGACCAGAUGAUGAUCCAUUCCAGUAUACCGUGAUGCUGGGUGCCAACACACUGGAAAAUUCCAGGCCCCACAAGCAAUCCAUAGGGGUUGUAAACAUAAUCAGAAACCCUCGGUAUGCAGGCGAGGCCACAAGUGGUGACAUUGCCUUGGUACGGCUGGCUCACCCAGUGAGAUUCACAGAUUACAUCAUUCCAAUCUGUGUGCCUACAGCCAAUGUGGAGUUUCCCCAAGGCAUGAAGUGCUGGGUCACAGGAUGGGGAGACAUCAGUGAAGGACAGGACCUACCCUCUCCAAAGAAGCUCCAGAAGCUCCAGGUGCCCAUAAUAGACAGCCAGACCUGUAGAAAACUUUACAGCAUUGAUAUGGGCCAAAGCCUGCCCCGGAAACAAAUCCAAGAUGAUAUGAUGUGUGCUGGAUAUGCUGAGGGCAUGAAGGAUACAUGCAAGGGUGAUUCAGGUGGCCCCCUCAUGUGCAAGAUGAACCGAGAAUGGGUCUUGGCUGGUAUUGUGAGCUGGGGAGAAGGCUGUGCUGAGAGGAACCGUCCUGGUGUGUACAUCCGCCUGACUUCAUACCAGGAUUGGAUUCAUAGAAUUGUUCCUGAUCUUCAAUUUGUUAAUGCUAGGAAGGCUAACGGCAAGAUCAACAAUCAAGGCAUUAGUAGAAAUGAUGGGAGGGGACAUACCUUCUUCCUCAUAGCUUUGCUUAAGUUGUUGGUGUGGACUCUCAAUAAUGUCUUCGCACUGGCAUAG